AUGUGUCCGUUACCCACCAUCCUUCCAACCGCGUCUGUUGUCAAAAAGCAACAAGCUGCACCGUCAUCAUCAUUGUUAACAAGCAAACCUCCUCUCUCUACUUCAUCACAACCCAAUUCUAUCAUUCCAAACACCCAAAGCAAUGGUGGUACCACUAAUCAUGAACGCAACGUCGUCAAAGCUCAUCAAAAUAUGUCAACAGCAGCAAACAACUCUGCAAACUCAUCUUCAACCACCGUCGUUUCAACACAAAACGUAAAACCUACAUCACGUGCUGGUAAAGUUUCUGGCAUGGUUUCCAUGUUCGAACGUCUGUCCGAUAAUAAUAAUAAUUCAUCUUCCACAACUUCUUUCCAUCAACAAACGACCAAUUUGGUUGCCUAUAAAAAACCCACGACAACUAGCGAGAAAUUAGCACUCAAUGCAGCACUAGUAGAAGAAGAGAAAAAGAAAAGAUUUAGAGCUAGAAGCAAUUCCUUUGAUUUUAAUUCACCAUCCACAACUCCAACCACUUCGGCUGUGACAGGUGGCAGUACAUCACCAUUUGGGGAUGAUCAUUCAUCACAACAAGCACUCACCACAGAUUUUGUUUCUAACCACAAUACAACUCUUUCUAACAAUCAUCAACAAGUAGAUGCAACCAAACAUGAUCCUGCUGUCAAAACUCCGAUCGAUGAAAAUUCUGAAGAAGUAAAAAGAAGAUUAAUUCGAACUCCAUCGAUGGUUCAAGGACUCAAGGCAAGAUUUGAAAAAUUACAAAUUAAUUUAUUGGAACAGUUAAAACAAGAGGAAGAAUGGAAUCAAAAGAAAAAACAAAGACAGUUGACAGCUCGAUCCCAUCGUUUGACUGGUGAAGAAAUUCACACAUUACAACAAAAUGUUCACACACAAGAUGUCAUCCUUUCAAAUCAAAACACUACUACUACGAAUAGAAUGGAUGAAAAAUUUUCACAUCACAACAACCAUACAAAUCAUCACCAGGACCAUUUAGAUUCAUCAUUUGAUCAUGACAGUGUGUCAUCAUUUUCCGAAGAUGACAGUUAUGAAUAUACUGAUUCAAGUCAUAGAACAACCAUUGAUUCCACUCUCAGUGAUUCACAUCAUCACUCAACCAUUCUCAAUUCUUCUUCAACAGUCAAUCAAAAUAUUGAUCCAGCUCUUCUUCAAGCAAUUAUAGAAGAAGAAGAACGUAAACAACAAGUAAUUGAAACAUUAAUGAUUUCUCCACCUCCUCAGAUUGUUAAGGGACUUCUCUCAACAACUGCUUCAGCAACAAGACAAGCUCAAUUUUAUCAAGAAUUAUAUGGAGAAACUGCAAGCUCUUCAACACCAUCACCAAUGGGAGACAUUUUAGAUCAUAGUUCUUCAAAUCAUAAUGUUGAAUUUCGAUCUUCCUAUGAUCGAUCCAUGAAUAAUGAUGAUUGGUUAGAAAAUCAAAUGAAUCGACAUCAACGAUAUAAUAUUUCAGAUUUGGAUUUACUAACAGCUUAUCGACACAAAUCUCAAUUGUAUCAAAUUCAAAAUCCAUCAAAUGUCAUGAUGAAUCCUUUCAUUCAAGAAUCGCAAGUUGUUCUCAGUGGACACAAUGUUGAGGAUAAUGAUGAAUAUAUUUAUGGUGACGACGGUGAAUAUGACAUGUCAGAUGAAUACAAUGAUGACAUGAUGGAUCAUUUGCAUGAGAGUCAUACCACCACAGCCACCACCGCCACUACUACCACCACAUCUUUAAUGACUGACGAUAAACGACUGAGUGUCACGGAUGAUGUACCUAUGCGAAGAAGUAGUGCUGACAUGAUUGGAGGUGUGAUGGAGAAACAAAAUGAAGAAGAGUUUUCCAGGUGGGAAUGCCAAAUGGAAGAAUUUGCAAAAACUCUUAUUUGCUAA